AUGUGUCCCACCAUCCCCAGCUCUGUGCCUUUGCACUUGCUGUCCCCUUCCUACAGUCCUGAUAUUGCUGAUGCCUACACUGGUGCUCAGGACUCGGGGCGUAGCGGGGUGGGGUUAAAUCUGGACACAACUUCUCUUUUUGAGUCUUGUCAGGUUGAAAGACAGCCUUUGUUCUGGUUUGAAGUUCCUUUUGUGCUGUGCUCUGAUGCUUCCCCUCUUCCUCCACAGCUAUGCAUGCCCAAAGGGCUGUCUUUUAGGACACAGAGCGACAAUAAAGACCCUCAGUUCCACUCGUUUAUAAUUACUCGGGAAGAUGGCUCUCGAACCUAUGGCUUUGUCCUCACUUUCUAUGAAGAAGUUACAAGCAAGCAGAUCUGCACAGCAAUGCAGACUCUGUACCAGAUGCACAACGCGGAGCACUGCAGCAGCGUUUGCGCCUCCUCCUCCUGCAGCAUGGACUCACUGGCGAGCAGUGCUGAUGAGGCUGACUCCACCUCCCUUCUGAAACUCCAGCGGUACAACUCUUAUGAUAUCAACAGAGACACUCUGUAUGUUUCGAAAAGUAUCUGCCUUAUCACCCCACUCCCCUUCAUGCAGGCCUGCAAAAAGUUCCUCAUCCAGCUUCACAAAGCAGUUACCUCACAGCAGCCGCCACCCUUGCCCCUGGAAAGCUACAUCCAUAAUAUUCUGUAUGAAGUACCCCUUCCGCCUCCGGGGCGGUCACUGAAGUUUUACGGCGUUUAUGAACCUGUCAUCUGCCAGAGGCCUGGGCCCAGUGAACUCCCCCUCUCUGACUACCCUCUUCGAGAGGCCUUUGAGCUCCUGGGACUGGAGAAUCUGGUGCAGGUGUUCACCUGUGUUCUGUUAGAAAUGCAGAUCCUUCUAUACUCACAAGAUUGUCAGCGCCUGAUGACGGUGGCGGAAGGCGUCACUGCCCUCUUGUUCCCGUUCCAGUGGCAGCAUGUAUAUGUGCCCAUCCUCCCUGCCUCCCUGCUGCACUUUCUUGAUGCUCCUGUCCCUUAUCUGAUGGGCCUCCAGUCAAAAGAUGGCACUGACCGCUCCAAACUGGAGCUUCCUCAAGAGGCUAAUUUGUGUUUUGUGGAUAUUGACAACCAUUUUAUUGAGUUGCCUGAGGAAUUCCCACAGUUCCCCAAUAAAGUGGAUUUUAUCCAGGAGCUCUCUGAGGUCCUCCUCCAGUUUGGGAUCCCUCCCGAGGGCAGCCUGCAUUCCAGUGAGAGUGCCACCAAGCUGAAGAACCUGGUUCUCAAGGAUUUUGUCAAUGACAAAAAGAACGGCAAUGUCUCCGCCAACAGCAUCAGCAUGUAUGAGCUCCUGAAAGGCAAUGAAACCAUCGCUCGCCUGCAGGCCCUGGCCAAGCGCACUGGGGUGACUGUGGAGAAAGUGGACCUCUCCACUUCCCUGGGUGAAAAAGACAAGGACCUGAAGCUACAGUGUGACGAGGCAGAACUCAGGGACUACCAGCUUAACGUGCAGCUUCGGGAGGUCUUCGCUAACCGCUUCACACAGAUGUUCGCAGAUUAUGAAGCCUUUGUGAUUCAGACCGCCCAGGACAUGGAAUCCUGGUUAACCAACCGGGAGCAGAUGCAGAACUUUGAUAAAGCUUCUUUCCUGUCUGACCAGCCUGAGCCUUACCUGCCAUUUCUUUCACGCUUCAUUGAAACACAGAUGUUUGCCACCUUUAUUGAUAAUAAAAUUAUGUCUCAGUGGGAAGAGAAAGACCCUUUACUUCGGGUCUUUGAUUCUCGGAUUGAGAAGAUAAGAUUGUACAGUGUAAGGGCACCCACGUUGCGGACAUCUAUAUAUCAGAAAUGCAGCACUUUAAAAGAAGCAGCCCAAUCCAUUGAGCAGAGACUAAUAAAAAUGGAUCACACUGCAAUCCAUCCACAUCUGCUGGAUAUGAAAAUUGGUCAAGGCAAAUAUGAGCAAGGGUUCUUUCCAAAAUUACAGUCCGAUGUCUUGGCAACAGGACCCACCAAUAACAAUCGCUGGGUGAGCCGGAGUGCCACGGCACAGCGCAGAAAGGAGCGCCUUCGGCAGCACUCAGAGCACAUUGGCCUGGACAGCGACCUGCGGGAGAAAUAUAUGCAAGAGGCACGAAAUUUAGGAAAAAACCUGAGACAACCCAAGUUGUCAGACCUGUCUCCUGCGGUGAUUGCACAGACCAACUCGAAAUUCGUGGAAGGCUUAUUAAAGGAGUGCAGGAUGAAGACCAAGCGCAUGCUGGUAGAGAAGAUGGGCCAUGAAGCUGUGGAGCUGGGCCAUGGCGAGGCAAAUAUCACUGGCCUGGAGGAGAAUACCUUGAUCGCGAGCCUCUGUGACCUGCUGGAGAGGAUAUGGAGCCAUGGCCUGCAGGUCAAACAGGGGAAGUCAGCUUUGUGGUCACAUUUAAUCCAGUUUCAGGACAGAGAGGAGAAGCAGGAGCACCUCACAGAAUCGCCAGUUGCCCUUGGACCAGAAAGAAGAAAAUCUGACUCAGGAGUUAUGUUACCAACACUCAGGGUCUCUCUUAUCCAAGAUAUGAGGCAUAUUCAGAACAUGAGUGAGAUCAAGACUGAUGUUGGGCGAGCUCGGGCGUGGAUAAGGCUGUCUCUGGAAAAGAAGCUUCUGUCUCAGCAUCUCAAGCAGCUGCUCUCCAACCAACCACUCACCAAGAAGCUUUAUAAGCGCUAUGCUUUUCUGCGUUGUGAAGAGGAGAGAGAGCAGUUCCUCUACCAUCUCCUUUCCCUUAAUGCCGUGGACUACUUCUGCUUCACCAGCGUGUUCACCACCAUCAUGAUCCCAUACAGGUCAGUGAUCAUCCCAAUUAAAAAGCUGAGCAAUGCAAUCAUCACCUCAAACCCUUGGAUUUGUGUAUCAGGAGAGCUGGGAGACACAGGGGUGAUGCAAAUCCCCAAGAACCUCCUCGAGAUGGCUUUCGAGUGCCAGAACCUGGGGAAGCUCACCACUGUCCAGAUCGGUCACGACAACUCAGGGCUGCUAACCAAGUGGCUAGUGGACUGCGUCAUGGUCAGAAAUGAGAUCACGGGACACACAUACAGGUUCCCAUGUGGGCGCUGGCUGGGGAAAGGCGUGGAUGAUGGGAGCCUGGAGAGGAUUCUCAUCGGGGAGCUGAUGGCACCGGCAGCGGAGGAGGACCUCGGGAAGCAGUGUCGGACCCCGCCCCAGCAGAAGUCACCCACCACAGCCCGGAGGCUGAGCAUCACCUCACUGACUGGCAAGACUGCCAGGCCUAAUGCUGGGCAGAUCCAGGAGGGCAUUGGAGAAGCCGUGAACAACAUCGUGAAGCAUUUUCACAAACCUGAGAAAGAGAGGGGGAGCCUUACCCUGUUGCUCUGCGGAGAAAACGGCCUGGUUGCAGCCCUCGAGCAAGUUUUCCACCAUGGCUUCAAGUCAGCCCGCAUCUUUCAUAAAAACGUCUUCAUUUGGGACUUCGUGGAGAAGGUAGUUGCUUAUUUUGAAACCACCGACCAGAUUCUAGACAGCGAAGAUGAAGUCCUUAUUCAGAAGUCGUCCUACAAAACCUUCUGCCACUACGUGAACGCUAUCAAUACAGCACCCAGGAAUAUUGGGAAGGAUGGCAAAUUCCAGAUUUUAGUUUGCCUUGGAACACGGGACCACCUGCUCCCACAGUGGAUCCCGCUGCUGGCUGAGUGCCCUGCCGUCACGCGAAUGUAUGAGGAGAGCGCACUGCUGCGAGACCGCAUGACUGUCAACUCGCUCAUCCGGGUCCUGCAGACCAUCCAGGACUUCAGCAUUGUCCUAGAGGGCUCGCUCAUCAAAGGCGUGGAUGUGUGAGGAGGGCUGGGCGGCCUGCGUGCUGCGGGCCACCGAUGGUUUCGUCUGGGCAGCCCUGUGGGCCCAACGGGAAGGUCCUCAUUUGCAGACAGGGAGAUGCCCUACUGUAGUUCAUUUAAACCUGGAAUUUAGUAUAAAAUAGAGUAUUUUCAUGUGUUAGAUGUGUGUAAAUAUACUAUCUUCUGUAAAAAAUUAUAUUACCCUAAUAAGAUACUUUUCUUAGACUGAAUAUUCCUGUGACUUAAAAUCCAUAGUUUGAAAAUGUUGGGGGUGGGGGGAGUGGUGCUAGUCAGGAAGAAGCCAGUAACCCUGUUCAUGUAGGUGCUGGGCGGCUGUCCCCAGGGUCACAGUGGCCUCCUCCUGGCGCAGCCUCGGGGUGACCAGUCUACCGGCUGUGUAGCUGUCCUCACCUUAGCGUAAGUCAUAACCAUUUGAUACCUUUCAGUUAGGAGUCAUUCUUCCAGUCUUUGCAACAUUUUUCUGCACAAAGUAAAGACAGAAAGUAUUUUAAAUACCAGACCCAAGGAGUUUGGCUGCAUGGAAGGAGAACACAAAAAGAUAGACUCCUCCAUUCUUGGCAUUUUUUUCUUCUGUUACUGGAGGGACUGGGGUAUUUUCAGGGUGUUAGCAGCUCACUUCUGGCUUUUGGUGUCUUCGCCUGGCAACUGCUCUCUGCAGAGCCUGUACCCUGAGGGUCACAGGAACCCCUGGACCUGCCAUCCCCCUGUGGAAAGCAAGAAACCUGGAGGAGGAAGUGGAGUUGGCUCAGCGCGGCCUGGAGGCCUGGAAUGUUUUUGUGAACGUAUUUGUUGACCAUGACAAUGCACAUAACAGAGAGGGUAAGAAUGACCGCUUCUGGGCGUCUCAGGGCAAGCUUUGUGUCCCUCUGUGAGAAGGGGAAACAAGUGAGACAACCUGCCCGAGACGUGAAGGCCACUGCAGCACAGACUGCCUGAAUGGAAGCGAACCAGGAGGCAGCAGGUUUAAAAGACCAAGGUUCGUAGGUAACUUCCCAGUUUGACAGUUUGCUUUGGUCUUGAUUUUGGUUUGGUUUUUUUCGUUUGUUUGUUUGUUUGUUUGUUCGGAGAGUCUCACUAAAUUGCCAAGACUGGGCUCAAACUUGUCAUCUUCCUGCCUCAGUCUCCUAGACUGUUGAAAUGCAGACCUGCUCCACGUGCAAGACAGUUUGGUAGUUUAUUAAGAAGCUAAGUAAAAAAAAAAGAGAAGCAGCAGCAGCAGCAGCUAAGUAAAUGUAGUAUUAGCUGGUUCCCUUAACGUCUUCAGGCAGGUCCUGGAACUAAUGAGGCACUGGUACAGCCUUAGAAGAAUUGCCUCAGCAGAGCUCAGCUUUUAUUCCCCUUGUGGCUGAAAAGCAGAGCCAGGGCCUUGCAGGACCCUUUGUGACAGGAAGGUCCUGGGCUCCAGCAGCAGUGUUGUUUCCCUCUUUUCCUGGAGGAAGGGAGUGAUUAAACAAGUGCCCACACCGCAGGCCCUGGGAUGGGCAACUUCUGGUGCUGGGAGGAGAGGGCUGUGGAGCGCUGAGCUGUGUAGACCUGGGGAGGAGCCCAGAAUGUGGCUUGGUGAGGUUAUGUGCCUGCCAUCCAGCUGCCCUAGCAGGUGCAGCUGCCCUAGGGACAGAAGAGGCAUCCAGAGGCUGCUUCCCUCGGGCUGUAUUUGGUGGUCACCAUCCGGGCUAUUAGGGUAAGGCAGGAGGAUCAGAGUUCAGAAGCAGACUGAGCAACAGUGAUAAACCAUAGGUGGUCCCGUGCGGGGUCACCCUUGCCAUGACUUCCCUCGCGGCCACGCCUCUGGCACUCAAGGCUAGAGCUGAGUCAUCUGCCCACCUUCCCCUGUACGGAUGGAAACGCAGUGCCGAGGGCUGCCCUGCCCCCACUGGCCCUGGUGCUUGUUACACCAGGCUGGCUGCAUGGCACCAAGCUGCAAGGCAUUCACAGAGUCAGUCUUGUUGCCUUGGGAUUUGUAUUGAUCCACCUCUAUACACAGAAAAUAAUAUUCCCUUAAUAUUCAUUUAUAAGGACUAAAUAAUUCAUUAGAAAUUUCAUCUGUUGUAAAAACUGGGAACAGAGUUGCAUGGGGGGGCCCAUGGGUAACAGCUUAUUCUUUUGGAUAAUUCCCGUGGUAGUAAAUCAGCCUUCAGAAUAAAUUUAAUACUGAAAAUAGGAUAAUGUCCUUAAGAUCCAAAUUAGAUGCAUAAAAAGAACGCUGUAGGGCUGGGGAUUUAGCUCAGUGGUUCUGCCACCUGCCUCACAAGCACAAGAACCCAAGUUCGAUCCCCAGUACAAAAAUAAAAAAGAAUGCUGUAACUGGUUUUGGGGUCACUAUAAUUAUAAUUUAGUUUUCCUGUGGCUUAUAACUGUCUCUGAGCCAAUACCAAAAUAUUUUGAGCAAGCAA